AUCUAUGAUCUAUAAUCUUUUUCUGUAUGAAAAUUGAAACGGAAUCACAAGCAAUAUCUAUAUUUAUUAUUUUUUACCUCUUUUCGAAACUUUUAAUUGUGAUUAAUUAGAGUGACUAUAAGUUUAUUCUCGAUGUAGAAGAGUUUAUAUGAACAGCGGGGUUUAAAAAUUGGGUUUGGUGCCGUUGGAAAAACAAUCAUGAGUGUGAUUAUAAGACUUCAGAAUCUUCCUUGGUCGGCAAACGCCCUUGACAUUAGGAACUUUUUCCGAGGUCUUUCGAUUCCCGAAGGUGGCGUCCACAUCGUAGGCGGAGAACUUGGCGAUGCGUUCAUAGCCUUCAGUACUGAUGAAGAUGCUCGGCAAGCAAUGAUGCUCGAUGGAGGGAAAAUUAAGGAGAUACAAGUUAAAUUACUGUUGAGCUCCCGUUCAGAAAUGCAUAAAGUCAUCGAAGCGGCAAGACAGAGUGUUCCCCUGAUGUCAUUGUCUACACCUGCACCUGCUCCCGUGCAAGUACCUGCUCCACCAAUGCCUCCGGUGAUACAAAACAUACCACCAGCUAUUCCCACGCCCCCCAUAAUCACACCAUUCGCUGCAGCCCUAGGAACUUCAUCAAUAUCAGGAUUUGGCAUUCCCGGAAUCGGUAACCCCCAAGAAAUUCCGCAACCAGCUGUAAUCGAACCACCCUCUCCUCUUAAUAUAAGUCCCAUUGGUAUUAUUCAAACAGUUGAUGAAGAGAAAGAUAUAAUAGAAGAUGGUAAAUUUGAAAACAGUCGAAGCAAAGAAAAGGAAAGGCGACGUUCUCGAUCGAGAUCACGAGACAGAGAUAGGAAAGACCGUAAACGUGAUCGUAGAGACAGAUCGCGCUCGAGAGAAAGAAGGAGACGCAGCAGAAGCAGGGAUCGACGAGAUCGCAAACGAGACAGAAAAGAUCGUAGUAGGUCCCGUGAUCGAUCGCCCUUUAGGAGGUUCCGAGAAAAACGAAACGAUAGAAAAUCUCCGCCAGGAUCGCAGGAGCGGACUAUGGAAAGCAUGAGCGAUAAUAAUGCGAGCAGAUCACCGACGCAUUACAUGGCUCAUAUGCAGUCGCAGAUUCCACUAGGUAUGCAAAAAGGUCCAACGCCAACUUUACCUCAAAACAGAUUUAGUGAUCCCUCAAUUAUGGAUGCGUUCAAUAAACUUCAGGAGUUGGGAAAGAAAAGGAAUCCCAACGCAUUUCAAGGUGAACAAAAUGGUACCAAAUUUCAAGGUGGUCGUGGCGGAAGCAGUAUGGGGCGUGGUGGUGGAAAUUUCCGACGUGAGGGAAGUCGAUUUGAUACUGUGUCCACAUACAAAGAUUGUUGUGUUGUCAUCAAAAAUGCAUCCAAUCUUACAAGCUAUGGAGACGUGAGGCGGUUCUUUCCGUAUUUAAUUGACAAACAUGGAAUUAAAAUGAUUAACGACAACAUGGGACGACGAACAGGUACUAUUUAUGUUCGAUUUUGUGAUUCACGUUCUAAAAAUCUCGCGUUACAGCUUAAAAACAAUGAACUGAAAGGAGCAAAAGUUAAUAUAGAAAAUUUGGAUGACGAUAUAUAUGAUUCUGCUGUAGAUUCUUUCUUGCCCUACCGUGAAGAGAAUGACACAGAAGAAGAAAUUAAUCAUAUUAAAAACGAUCUAGCAGCUCCACAGGAACCUUCUUAUAGUGUUUUAAAAUUAACGGACUUACCAAACUUUGUUAAAGAAAUUGACAUUAUCAAGGCUUUUAACGAUUUCUCUCUAUUGUCUAUCACUUUGAAUGACUGCCGUAUUACGCGAACUAAAAUUGCCUUUGUACAAUUUGUUAAACCUGAAGAUGCUAGAUUAGCUUUUGAAGGUAGGAAGUACAUGUUUGGAAGGAAAAUACCAACUGUAACAACAGUGUCGAAUGAAGAGUAUGAAAAUUUAAAAGCAUCGAAUGACAAGCAAGAGUUGGAUACAGAGGAUAUGAUACCUAUCAACAAUUUUUCGGAUAACGACAUGCCUCGAGAUCCCAGGCAAAGACGUUUACAAAAUGACAAUGGACCUGUACCUCAAAGCGGGCCAAACAUGAUGCCACCGAUGACGCAACAAGCUGCACCUGGGUUUUUCCCAAAUUUGCAAUUCCCUCCAAGCAUGGCCGGGCCUAUUCCGAAUCUUGGGCCGACCCCGCCAUUUAACGCAUUUCCUCAUCCUGUUGUAGAUGAUCCCAGAGCUGGCCCCACAAAGUGGCCUCGUGGACUUGGAAAGUAUAAUGCCCAAAAAGUUCAGUCUAAACUUUCGCCACCAUUAACUGGUUCUAAAAAUCCACAGCAUGCUAUGUCUGUGAACAUAGAAGAUGAACCCCCGGACUGUGUAUUAAUGAAAGGGCUCCCACGCGAAGCUACGGACCGGACGAUAGUGAAUUUCCUGUCUGGUACUGGGGCUGUUCCGUCAAGGAUUCAUUUAAUGUUGGACGGAAGUGGUUUACCUUCUGGGGACUGUUUCUGCGAAUUUAGGACAACACAAGAAGCGAGAAUGGCUGUGACCAAACAUGGUAAUAUGUUGGACGGUUGUCGCAUCACCGUCGAUCUAGUGAUGCGCAGCGUUGUGGAAGAGGCUUUAGAAGGUCCAAAGGAACCUAAGCCUGCAAUCGGGCAAGGUUUAAUUGGCUCUAUCCCACAUUUCUUUGAAUCCGGUCGCGGGGGUUUCGCGAACCGAGCGCACCCGCCGUUCAGAGGUCGCGGAGGUUACGACCGGGGAGGAUUUGAUCAGGGUGGCUACCGAGGUGGUUAUGAUCAAGGCCGCGGUUCGUUUAGAAGUCGCGGUGGGUGGAACGAAAGAGGGCGGGGCAUGAUGCGCGGAAGAGGUCGCGGUUUUGGCCGAGGUCGGGGUGGGUUUGACAACGGCCUUAAUCAACCGCUGCAAAACAACGAGGAGGAGCAAGAUCCAGCGCUAGAAGACUUUGGAGCACCGGGCUGCGUGGUGUCUAUGGAGAAUGUGCCGUACAGAGCUUCCGUUGACGAUAUAAUGAAUUUCUUUGGCGAUUUUGAACUGACCCAAGAUGAUGUGAUACGUAGAUAUAAUGAACAAGGUAAACCGACGGGAGACGCGCGGGUCGCGUUCAGGACGCCUUUUGACGCCCAGCGAGCUGUCAAAACGCGAAACAUGAACAUUCUUUUCGAUAGGAGAGUUGCUCUGAAUGUCAUGUAGCCUACUCUACGAUUAAUUAGGGAACUGUCCGUGUCCGUGUGGACGCGAUUAUGUCACUAUUGGACUUUAGUUUUAUUUAGUCUUAAUAAUCCCACCGUUAUCAGCGGGAUGAUAACGAUUAAAAGCUGCGUAUAUGAUUUCCGCUACAAUUUGUAGCAAUUAGUGUAUAACUUGUGAAUAUAAUUAUUAUAAAUGAAUUAAAAGAUAUUUCAGAAAG